AUGGUAUUAACACCACAGAAAAGAUAUCAUUCCUCCCACGAUGGCUUUCCUACCACUCAACUAUUCCUGCUCUGUGAGUCCCCCUCUCCUCCCCAUACACCCCGCUCCUCCUAUCCAUCAAGCCAAGCUAAACACUCUUUCCCAGCAAUAUGUCGCGUGGCCGAGCCAAUCGCCCUAACCUCCAUCUUCCCCUACUCCUGGGUGAUGGUGAAAGACUUCAACAUGGCCAGCGGCGCCGAGGCAUCGCUCUACGCAGGAAUUCUCAUCUCUGCCUUCUCGCUCUCCGAGGCCCUGACGGGUAUGUUUUGGGGCAGUCUCUCUGACCGGCUGGGCCGGAAGCCGAUUCUACUUUCCGGUUGUUUCGGUACGAUGCUCUCAUUACUGAUGGUGGGGUUUGCGCCUAAUUUCUGGGUGGCGCUUGCUGGCCGCGCUUUUGGUGGGGCGCUGAAUGGCAAUAUUGGCGUCAUUCAGACUAUGGUUGGCGAGUUGGUGAAGAGGCCUGAGCAUGAGCCUAGGGCGUUUGCUGUUAUGCCGUUUGUUUGGUCAAUUGGGACUAUCCUUGGACCUGCCAUUGGAGGUCUACUUGCCAGACCGGCAGACGGGUUUCCCUCUUUAUUUCCCGCUGACGGCUUAUUCGGCCGUUUUCCAUACCUGCUACCCAACCUCGUCUGCUCUGUUCUUCUAUUCUUCAGUAUCAUUGGAGGCUGGAUGUUCCUCCAAGAAACCCAUCCCGAUAUGCAGCCCGGCAACACACACCGAUUCUUCGAGCACACAUCUGCUGAACAGCCCCUACUAGCCACAUCCGGCGCAACCGCUAAUGCAGGUGUUGAUCUCCGAGCUGAAUCAUACGGUACUUUUAAUAAAGUUCACCUGCACGACGAUGAGAUUUGGAAUGUUCGCUCCGAUGGCACGGUGCCCGUUUGGAAGAAGCCCCAGAAGCCGAAAGCUUUCACGUGGCGGGUGAUCAUGCUCGUCAUUGCGCUGACCAUCUUCACCUACCACUCCAUGACAUACGACCACCUUUUACCCAUCUUCCUACAAGACAAGGGCCCAGAAGCCCCAAUUGCUAUCUCUUCUCACUCCCCCUUCAAUAUUCCCGGUGGCCUGGGCCUUUCAACCCGCACCGUAGGCGUGAUUAUGUCAACAGACGGCAUAAUCGCCCUCGUUAUCCAAAGUCUCAUUUUCCCUGCCCUGGCCGGCUGGCUGGGUAUAUGGAAACUGUUCGUCGUCGUGACAAUCCUGCACCCUAUUACCUAUCUUAUCGUGCCGUUCCUGGUCUUCCUCCCGCAGAACCUCACCUUCAUGGGCGUCUAUUUUUGCCUAAUUGUCCGCAACAUUCUGUCCAUUAUCGACUACCCCGUGCUCCUGAUCUUGCUCAAACAAGCCAGUCCCUCGGAUUCCGUUCUAGGCAAGAUAAAUGGUCUGGCUGCGUCUGCCGGAGCGGCUGCCCGUACCGUUGCGCCCCCCGUUGCGGGUUAUCUGUACAGCACUGGUGCGGGAUUCGGGUGCACGGGUGUGGCUUGGUGGGCGAGCAGCUUAGUCGCUAUUCUGGGUGCCGCUCAGCUGUGGUUCAUUCAACAGAAGAAGAACUCCACCGCGACCGUCGAGGCUGCGGCUCAUUGUCAUUAUGUGCCUAUCCCUGAGCCUCCUAAGGAAUCGGUACACAUCAUUGUGACUGAUACCGAUAUCGCUACGCCGGAAGAUGCUUAG